AUGAAGCCCCAUGGGCUGCCCAGUAGGAAGGAGAGGAAGCCGGCAAUACCUUCACCGAGCAAAGCUGCGCCGGGCUUGCGGAUGAUGUACGGUACGAGGCAGCCGGGGAUGACCCAUAUCCCACUG